UUCGGCCUCGUCGUCGUCGUCGUCGGGCGGCGGCUGGCUGCUGCUGCUGCUGCUGCUGCUUCUUGUACACGCUGCCUGGGAAAAUGGCCGAAGUCGGGGCCGGCGUGGAGGCGCGGGCCUUGCUGGAGCUGCAGCGGGCGCCAGUGGAGCCAGGGCCUACUCCUCCCCCGGAGCCGGGGCCUCGCGUGGCUCCCUCGCCCGCCUCAGGCGCCUCCUCCUCCCCGGAGGCCUCCUCCGCCUCCUCCUCCUCCUCCUCCUCGGCGCCGCUGGCCCGUCUUCUGGGCCGCGACUUCGAGUUCCUGGUGCGGCGUCCGGCGGUGACGAUCGGCCGGAACUCUUCGCAGGGCUCGGUGGACGUGAGCAUGGGCCGCUCCAGCUUCAUCUCCCGGCGGCACCUGGAGCUGGCCUUCCGCGCCCCGCACUUCUAUCUGAGCUGCCUCGGCAAGAACGGCGUCUUCGUCGACGGAGCCUUCCAGCGCAGGAACGCCGCCGAGCUGCGCCUCCCGACCCAAUGUACUUUCCGAUUCCCCAGCACAAAUAUCAAGAUCCAGUUCACGUCGCUUUUCCAUAAAGAGGAGGUGAAAGAGGAAGCCUCGUCUCCUCCGCUUCGGCCACUCUACCCUCAGAUCUCACCUCUUAAGAUCCAUAUUCCGGAGCCGGAUCUCCGGAACCUGGUCAGCCCCCUGCCAUCUCCCACUGGCACUAUCAGUGUUCCCAAUUCGUGCCCAGCCAGUCCACGCGGCGCUGGCUCCUCAGGAUAUCGCUUUACUCACAACAUUACCUCGGAUCUGCAGCUGGCAGCAGAAUACGCGGCAAAAGCUACGUCAGAACACCAGGCAGAUGCAUCAGGCGGAGACAGCCCAAAGGACGAAUCCAAGCCGCCAUAUUCGUAUGCCCAGCUAAUUGUUCAGGCUAUCUCAUCGGCCCAGGACAAGCAAUUAACACUAAGUGGGAUCUAUGCCCACAUCACAAAGCAUUAUCCCUAUUAUCGGACAGCUGAUAAAGGCUGGCAGAAUUCCAUUCGGCACAACCUCUCCUUGAACCGUUAUUUUAUUAAAGUCCCACGUUCUCAAGAGGAGCCUGGAAAGGGCUCUUUUUGGCGAAUCGAUCCUCUCUCAGAAGGCAAACUGGUGGAGCAGGCAUUCCGAAAACGGAGACAGAGGGGGGUGUCCUGCUUCCGAACGCCUUUUGGGCCUCUUUCCUCCCGGAGUGCCCCUGCAUCCCCUACCCACCCUGGCCUGCUGUCUCCUCACACGAGUGGCCUACAGACUCCAGAGUGCCUAUCGAGGGAGGGCUCGCCCAUUCCACAUGACCAUGACUUUGGUUCAAAGUUAGCCUCUGUUCCAGAGUAUCGGUAUUCACAAAGUGCGCCUGGCUCGCCUGUAAGUGCCCAGCCAGUCAUUAUGGCAGUUCCUCCUCGGCCCUCAACUCUCAUGGCCAAGCCAGUGGCCUAUAUGCCAGCCUCCAUAGUAACCUCUCAGCAGCCUUCAGGCCAUGCCAUUCAUGUUGUCCAGCAAGCUCCAACAGUAACCAUGGUCCGGGUCGUGACCACUUCAGCAAACUCAGCAAACGGAUACAUCCUGACCAAUCAAGGGCCAGCAAACGGCACCCACGAAGCAGCAGGAACAGUCUUGGACUUGGCCGGUGAGCCUCGAGGGAUUGAUGAGAAGCCAACCAUUGCAUUUGCUACAAUACCGACUGCUAGCCGGGUUAUUCAGACAGUCGCCAGCCAAAUGUCUCAGGGCAUCCCAGGACAAACAGUCACCAUCCUCCAGCAAGCGACCCCUGUAGCCAUUGGGCAACACCAGCUCCCCGUCCGAGCCGUGACACAAAAUGGAAAGCACGCUGUCCCUACCAACAGCAUAACUGGUGGCACUUACGCCCUCACAAAUCCACUGCAGCUCCUUGCUGCCCAAGCCAGUUCCUCCACUCCGGUGGUAGUCAACCAGGUGGCAGAGGCCGGGACAAAAGACACUGAAGAGCCUUUGAAAGAGCCGGAUGUCAAGAGGCCUCGGAUGGAGGAGUCCCGGGGAGGUGGAGCGGCUCCGUUGCAAACGGGUGUCAUCACUUCAACCACCCCACAAGGACAGGCUGCCAGCGAAUGAGGAACCCAAACGUUCAGAAAAGCGGUGGCAUAGGCUUCGGGGGAGAUCCUUUUUUAAAAAAAGAAAUUAUGACUGUAACACCUUUUUUCCAGCAAGAUUUUUUGUACAAAAGGAAAUAAAAGCGCCAUCCAAAAUAGGUUUUUAAAGGACAGGCCGGCAGUUUUUAGCAUCCCGAGGUGCCCGAUGGAUUAGCAAAACGUCCACUUACCCGCACCCUGAAAAGUCUGUUUUGCUUUUCACUUCGGAGAUUAUUUUUCUCUCCUUUUUAGAUUUUAAAAAAAGAAAUAAUAAUAAUAAUAAUAACAAAGACAAUUUGAUUGUAUGACUGCUGGGAUUUCCCCAUCCAACAGCCCCCCCCCCCCCAUUCAUUUUCUUUCGUACCUCUUUUUCCUCAAAGCAUGGUAGUUUUAUGUGAGCAUAUUAAAAAUGCAGGAGGGAAGCAUGUACUUGGGGGAGGUCAGAAGGUGUGGGGGUGCAUCCAGUAUCCAAAUAGAACUCCUUUCCCUCUCUCUCUCUUUCACUCUCUAUUUUUAAAAUUCUCUUUCUCUUUUUUGGACUUCAGCUUCCAAAAUCUCCCAUUUUUGAGGAGGAUUUGGGAUUUGUAGUUCAAAAAAAGAAAACACUUGCAAUCACUGAGACAGAAACGUACACCUUUUCAUAUACACAGCUGUGAAGCUUGAAGGAAAACACAAUGGGACCCUCUUACGAAGGUUGUUCUUUCUUUUUCUAAACAUUUAUUCUGGAAUCGGAUGUUGUCACAUGCAUUUAAUUGCUGCCAAAAAAAAUCAGUUUUCUAGUUUCCUCCUCAUUCAUUGCCCUUAAAAAAUCUAGGUGAGUUUCCCCAUGCCCUAAUGUUCAGGUGCUGUAUGUUCUGGGCUAGAUGUUGCUGAAGUGAGAUGGCCUCAAGUCAUAGCAAUAUUUUUGGCUUAUACAGUAAAUUCUUGUUUGGAGCAUUAAGAGUGCAACUUUUGCAAUGUUACAUUAACAUGGUGCACUAUGAGCCAUAGUCUGCAAAGCCAACUAGAUCUUCAGGGUCAUUCCAUUUUAUUGAGUUUAAGAGACACACACUUACAUAUGAAAGACAGAGAGAGAGAGAGAUGGGAAUAUAGAAUCACGUUUAACUUGUCGCCAGUGCAGCCAGUACUGCUCUUGAUACCUUAAGAGCCAAUGUUGUAGAAGUGGUUAGAAUUGUUGGACUAAGUCUAAACAAGACUUGGGGUUCACAUUUUCCUGUUCAUCCAUGAGGCUCAUUGGGUGACCUUGGACCAGUCACUGUCGCUUUUAACCUACCUCACAGGGUUGUUGUGAGGAUAAAGUGGGGGUGGGAUGAACUAUGUAUGCCACCAUGCGCUCCUUGGAAGAGGUGCAGAAUAAAAACAAAAUAAACAAUA